AGUAAAAGAUAUUGCAACAAACAACUUUCAAAAUUUGAGCUUCCUGUUUAAUCAUCAAAAUUAUUAGCAAAAAGCACAAAAAACGUUGCAAAAGCCUUGGCUUUUAUUCUUCAAGAUGCCUAAAUCAUUCAGUGUGAAGUUAAAAAAUGGAAAUAAAACUCAUAUACUCAGCAAUUUGACAAAGGACACUACAAUCGGUAUAUUUAAAUUGCGUGUUGGUUUGGCCAUAAUAAAAAAUGUUAGUAAUCUGCGUAUAUCUAUCGGUUUUCCUCCACGCUUGUUGAAUUUGUCUCGGAACGCGGAUAGUAUUGAUUCGAUAGGGAUUAAGAAAGAUGUGAUUUUGGUUCUUGAAAUGAAAGAAUCUGAACAGAAACAUAAAAAGCAGGUGGAAAAUAUUGAAGUACCGGCCGAAAUUCGCCCAAAAAAAGAAUUGUUUUGCUCUGUGAAAGUUUGUGCUGCUGACAUUAAUAGUGGAGCAAUUGACGGAAGAAAUAUUGGCUUAUUGGUACGUCAACCCAUUGCAGGGAAUGCUUCUAGUCUUUUUAUGGCAGUACGCUAUGCCAUGACGGGUAAGAUAGAUGCAAAUGCUGAUGAGGAAAUGCGACACAUAAUAGCAAUUAAACUUGCCUCCGAGCCAGAAAGAUUCAACAAAAGCAUACUCGGAGUGUCUAAUGCCAAUUAUCUCGAACGGAUACUAAACCCCACAACUUGUGGUGGUGGUGUUGAGUGUGCUAUAUUAUCAGAACACUACAGGGCCGAAAUUGAUGUGGUUCACAUUGCUGAAGGCAUUGUAUACAGAUUCGGUGAACGUUCCAAUUAUGCUCGUCGUAUGUUUCUUACUCUUAAGAACACCCACUAUGAUGUCCUUUAUAUGACUCAUACCAAUAGUACCUUACGCAGAACGCUUUUCCCUAUUAACGAAGUAGGUCCAUAUGAACAAGCACUUAAAUUUGCAAGAAAAAAAAAAUGGCACAAUAAAAAUCACAAACUCCGGUUCAAAAAAGACACUUCGUAUGUUCGUAGCAGACACAGUGAGGACAAACUAGCUAGACUAUGUAAGCAGGCUAAAGCAAAGUUUGAUGAUGUGGAAACUGCAAUAAAUCAGUAUGCUUGUAUAGAAACGGAAGAUUCGGGUUCAGAUGAUGAUAUUCCAUUAGAAUGUGUGAUGAAAAAUAAUAGUACCGAAAGAGAUGAUACAAACAAAUUCGUUGUAAGGAAAAACAAUAGUGCUAAUACACAGGAAAUUCCUGUCAAGACUGAAUCUUCACAGUGUAACACUAAUGUUUCAGAACGAUUUCUUACGAAAUCCAGUACUUCAACACAACUCUCAAUUGGAUCCUUUAAAAAUGAGAAAUGUGCUAAAGAAACCGAAGGAGAUCCUACAAACAAAGUUGAUGUAAUGCAAGUCAAUAGUGCUAAUAUACAAGAAAUUCCUGCUAAGACUGAAUGUUCAGAGUACAACACUAAUGUUUCGGAACGAUUUCUUAUGAAAUCCAGUGCCUCAUCACAACUCUCAAUUGGAUCCUUUAAAAAUGAGAAAUGUGCUAAAGAAACCGAAGGAGAUCCUACAAACAAAGUUGAUGUAAUGCAAGUCAAUAGUGCUAAUAUACAAGAAAUUCCUGCUAAGACUGAAUGUUCAGAGUACAACACUAAUGUUUCGGAACGAUUUCUUAUGAAAUCCAGUGCCUCAUCACAACUCUCAAUUGGAUCCUUUAAAAAUGAGAAAUGUGCUAAAGAAACCGAAGGAGAUCCUACAAACAAAGUUGAUGUAAUGCAAGUCAAUAGUGCUAAUAUACAAGAAAUUCCUGCUAAGACUGAAUGUUCAGAGUACAACACUAAUGUUUCGGAACGAUUUCUUAUGAAAUCUAGUACCUCAUCACAAUUCUCAAUUAAAUCUUUCAGAAAUGAGAGAUGUGCUGAAGAAACUGAAAGAGAUGCUACAAACGAAUUCAAUAAUGAGGUUAAAUCGAAUCAAAUUAAGCACUUUAAAGCAAUUGUGAAAACAUAUUGUGUGUCUUCUGACUCUGUUUUGUGUCAACCGGUAGAGACCGUAGGAAAAUUUAAACGUAGUCGCACAUUUACAUAAUAAUUACAAUUAGUAAGCUAAAUUUUAAAUGUAUAUUUAUAUAAAUCUUGUUCCUCGUCAAUAAGCAACAAUUAUAUAUGAACGUUGCUUAUUUAAAAUAAAAAACAAUUAUUGCUGAGCAAUUGAAUUAA